UUUCUAAUUGUCUUUCUCUGUCAUCUCUGUUUUACUCUGUGGACGCUCUCUUUAUAAACAGAGUAGUGGAGUGUCAGUAACUCCUUUCAGUGAGCUGUCCAUAUGGGCGGCGGGUUUCUAUCCAGAUAAUCUUUGCUGCAGGAUUAAAGCAUGUCCCGGAAGCUCCAGGAGGAGAAGGAGGACGGUUUUCCAGCUAAUACAGGCCCUUGAACAUAUCAGGACAUCUUCUACCACAUUUCUCCGAUGCCUUCCUCAAAGAGCACAAUCCACUGGACUUUUUCUGAGUUAUUCGGCCAGCGGAGGCUGUUGGGGUUCGGCGCCGUACUGGCAUGGCUCGUUCUCUUCCAUCUUCUGGUGAAUGUAUGGCUGCUCUGUAUCUUCACCAGUCUUUUGGUGGUCCUGGGCGGCUGGCUUGGAUCCCGUGCGGCCCUGGACGCUAACAGCUUCUUACAUUUGGAACAUUUUUUGCCCCUGGGGAAAAUUAACCCUCCUCUAUAUUCCCCCGAACACGAGUGGAGGCUGAACCAUGAGAUCCACUGUGCCGUCCACAAGGCAGUACGGGACUUUGUGUCGUCGUGGUAUCGAACCCUGCUCCCUGAGGUGGAAGGAGAGUUUGAACGAGCCGUGCGCCACUGCAUGCUGGAGUCUGUCAUGGAGCUGAAGGAACGUGCACGGCGGGUGGACAGGAAAGCUCUGGUUCGGCGUCUAUUAGAGCUGUAUGGCUGCCACCUUCAGAGCUACAUGACUGUCAGGCAGAUCCAGUCCUCGCAGAAAGAGAGCAGUGGCCUGUGGCAGCUCUACAGUAGGGUUAAUUCACCUCAUCCAGCCGUGAGCAGUUCAGGCGCUGAGCUCAACUACUGCAGGGCUCUGGUGAAGCUUGUGUUGCACGUUCUUGUCCCGUAUCCUCAGAUGGAAACCAGGACUGGAGGUUACAUGGUGACAGAACUCAUCACCUGCAACAUGCUGUUACCACUCAUAAGCAGGGUUUCCGAUCCCGACUGGCUCAAUCAGACCAUCGUGGACGUAUUUACCAGAACCAGAGAAGCACAGGACAUUACUGUGGAUGACCGCUCUGUCAACACACUGUAUAAAUGUGACGAAGAGCAGGAGUCAUGGAUGACCUGUAAGUCGCUGUCUAUCUCUGAACAAGCUGAUUUCAGCUGCAAAACCACCUCUGAGGAUGUGGAUGAGCCUCAGAGCCAGAGUGCAAUUUCAGGGACGGACUCGUUUCAAAGCAGCCUUGGCAGCCUGACAUCCGUCGGACGAACAUCCAGCUGCCCAGCAAGUUUAAGCACUCCAUCCAAGAUGAGCUGCUGCUCACUCACAUCAGGCCAGUACUCCCAGUUAUCAGAGUUGAAAAUAAUUUCGGCAGACCCGCUUAUCCAUUCAGACUCAGAUGAAGACCUGACAGGAGGUGUUUGCGACUGUGCCCCCACCGCCAACCUCUGCAACCUUCUCUCUGUAAAUGAUGGCGAAGUCUUUGGUUGUUUUCGACCUCUGAGAAAUCUCGGGUCGAAGGUGGUUGAGCCCAAAGACUCCCAGUGGCCAGCCGGGAUCGCGCAGGAGAAAUCGCCAGCUUGCCCCCAAAGGAAGCUUUGCCUGACCUCGUUCAACUUCGACGCCUCCAGUGGCCCGGCUGCAACUUCAUUCAAAAUUCAAAACGUGCAGAUCUCUGGUACAGUCAAUGUGAAGGAGCAGCGAAGCACAGGCACAAAUCCCUGCACACUCUACACUAUAAAGUUUGAGAUGGUGACUGACGAUGGUAAAGCUGCCGCCGCACCACUGGUAGCCUGCCACACUGUCAACCGCAGAUACAGCGAGUUCCUCAACCUGCAGACACGCUUAGAGGAGAAGCCUGAGCUCAAAAAGCUAAUCAAAAAUGUCAAAGGCCCAAAGAAAAUAUUCCCUGACCUUCCCUUCAGCAGCCAGGACAGUGAGAAAGUUGAAGCUCGUAAAAGCCAGCUGGUUGCCUUUCUGAAGCUAAGCAGCAUUCCUGAGACAGCAAACAGUGAAGACAUGCAAGAGUUCCUGGCUAUCAACUCAGAUGUCUGCACAUAUUUUGGAAGAAAGCCGUUAACAAAGUCAAGAAUUGACAAGAUGAUGGAAAAUGCAUUAGAUACUCUGAGGACAGCUUUCCCUCAUCCUGAACUUCUCAGUCCAACCGAGGACAUUGAUGCUGAUACUGACGGAAGAACAAUGGACUACAGAAAGUACAGGAGGCUUUUCCCAAGUAAAAUGUCUACAUCCCUCAAUAUACCAGAUCUCCAUCCUAAAGUGACCUACUGCUUCAGUGAAGGCAGCUCUGUGCUCAAUGGCAUGUCGCUGUGUGGCUUGGAGAACUUCGUCAAAGAGCAGGAAAGACUUCUGUGUGGGCCAAACGGGCAAGAAGCGGUCAACCAGAGCAACGAGCUGCAAGCCAAAGACAAGAAGAUAUCAGGGAAGAGUCAUGGGACAGACACAGCUGUGGCGGAUGUUGCUUUGAAUAUUUUGUGCCUGUUGAUGAAGGAUCAUUGGAGCUGGCUGUGCACAGAGAACAUCCAGAAAGCCAUCAGGCUUCUCUUUGGCACCUUCAUUGAAAGAUGGCUAGAUAUAGGUGCUGCCCACCUAACCAGCGCCCCCUGCUGGGUAAUUUACCUCCAGGUAAUGCAAGAAGCUGUGUGGCCAGGUGGCACCAUGCCUGCUCAGCCGCGGCCUGAGCGAAGCGCAGCAGAAAAAGAGGAAACCAAGAGGCGAUGUUUGGACUGCCUAAUGCAGCUUCUCCCUGAGCUAAUAGCUGAUAUGUUGGGUAGCGAGAAAUACAGGCUGAGCUUGGAGACCAUGCUGGAGUCUUUACAGGACCAUCAGAUAAACAAGCAUCUGAUCUACAGCAUCUGUGACCUGCUGCUGGAGUUUCUGAUCCCUGAGUCAUGCGACGUGGCCUUUCAGAAGUCUCUGCUGCAGAGCCUGGUUAAAGACACAGCGAGAAACAGUCUUCAUAUGUGAUCGAAACUCUGGGACACACCCAGAACUGUAACAGCACAAUGUACAAUGUGCAGUACGGUUGCCUGAUGGCCAUAGAGACUAUUGUGUAGAUUAAACAUGGAGUAAUGGUUCAGAAUAGCGAUGUAAGGACAGAAAACAUAAGCAGGGAGCUCAAAAUAGAGCCACGUAAUAAUGUAAAGUAGUGAUGCAGUCAUUGUGCCUUUUAGUAGCUUAAUCAGUGGCACUUUUUGAUAUGGGCUCUAUGGGCAGUCGUCAAUAGUGGCAUUAAUACGGUGGUUGGUUGAAGAAAAUAUAAAAAAA